AUGUUUACAGAAACCACUUUGGUGAGUGACAGCAGUGCUCGACUGCACGCGCCAAGGGUGCUUAAUGUUGUUCUACCGGAGACGGACCUGAAUUCAAGGAACAGCACCGGCGCUCUGAACGAGUCUGCCGCGGCAGCGGUUCUGGAUCGCGGUGCCCGAGCGUAUUUGGCGUCGGCAGCUGGAGUGGUUGUUCGAGAGAGUAUGGGCCUUGCUGCUGGCUCUAUUAUGUGGAGGGUGAUCGACGAUGCACACGCAAUCAGUCUUGAGCCGCUGGAUACGAACGGCGAGCCAUUAGGCUAUUCCAUUAUAGAGCUACGAUCUGCAGGAUCUCCGAUUCUGCCCAACUUUGUGACGGCAACUGACGAUCGUGGACUGGCGCUAGUCUUGGACUUUUUCACAGCCGACGGGAUUUUAUACACGAUUUCAUUGGACUACAAGCAAUUCACCAACUCGGAGUUCGACACAUCACAGCCCUGGUGUGUCAUGAAGCAGCCAAUUGUUUUUGAUCUGGUCAAUCCCCAAGUGUUACAUUCUGUUUCUCCCAAAAUGCUUCUGUUGAGCUUAGCAGACGGGUCGUUGCUGAAAUUCUCCCGCACCAGUGCUCUAGGAAUGCUCGAGUCCAGCCAGUUCAGCGACCAAUUUGCUCCUUCUGGUUUGAGGUGGAUGUUUAGAAACUCAGAAGAUCGGGUCGAAGGUAAAUCUCAUCUUUCCAAACGUACGAUCGUCGCAAUCGAUUCGUCCAAGGACUUUGCUGUAACCUACAGUAUCAAUAACGAGAUCAAGCUGUGGUCUUUGGCCAAGGCCUCGUGUGUGUUCCGAAAGCCGUGCCAAGAUGAAAGGGCUGCGUUGCGAUUGCUUCCAGGACCAUAUGUGCGUUUUGACAACACGGGUGAGUACGUUGCGGCAUAUCUUCCUUCCGAUGGCCGAUCAGGGAUCGAGAUAUUCAAGGUGUUCAGUCAGGGCCUCGAGUCAACGUCAAAGCCCACGCACGAACCUAGCGAGACGCCGGCAAAUUGGCUUCUCACCGCCCUCAUAUUUUACAAGAAUACAAGUUUGUUCAAGAUUACGGCUGCCUGGCGCUCAAAUCUCAGCUCGAUUGUCAAAUGCUUGGAAGUUCCUCAUGACCGGGCUCUCGCUUCGAAAUCAAUUGUCGCAAGCAGACAUGAGGCCAAAUCUUUGUUGAGUCUUCCUGAGGAGUCUGAUCUUGAGCAUUUUGUUUCAAGCAUCUUCUCUACCGAACGCUAUUCGGACUUUGCAUUACGGCGGGCCCUACAGAUCUAUUCUGGCAGUCCACCGGCGCCUUAUGAGCCACUCGAAGCAUAUGCACGUGAAUCUGUGCAAAGGACUGUUCAGACCAUGACUGAUCCAAACCAAAAAAGUUUGCGUCUUCAGUGGCUACGACUGGAUAGAAUAUGCCGAGAGAUCGAAGCCCAAAGUUCCGAGUUACUUGGUUUGGCUUACGUCCCCAGUAGAGAUUUGACCUGGGUUUUGCGUAGUGGGCAUGUUUCACUUUUGACUCCGGCAAACCUUGCGGUGACUUCAGCCGAGUCCUUUUCUAAAAUGUUUGAUUCCAUUUCAAAGCCUGCCCUUUACGCUGUUGAAUCCAGCCUGACUUCUCUGAUCACUACCCCUUCUGAUCGGCUACCUUUCGAUGCUAUGGAAGAGAUCUACAGAGCGUUCUCUCAAAGUAGUAUGAAUAUGCCUGUCCUUGAGUAUGCAGGUCUUGAGAAGGCCCUGACAGAAACCCUUCAAAGCACUCUCACAAAACCUACGAUAACAAUGUCGGCGAGCCCAAUGACACCUCUGGGUGCGGAGUUGCUGGCAAGGGCAGUUGCAGAUUUCAGCCAGGAGAUACGCAAGUUCUCAGUGAGAGCGGUUGCGGUGAUUAUUCUCGCCGUUUCCGAGGGAAGACUUUCAAACGAUGUUGAAUUGUUCGAUGCGGCCCUGUCAGUUUUCAAGUCCUCUUCGGCCAUUCUUUCUUUACGAGCUGCUGUUGGUUCAAGUCCCCAUCACAGUUACAGCAGUUGGGCAAGCGGCCUGGAAAUUGGUAUUUCUUUAGCACAGGUUCGAGUUGAUGGGCAGACGUUUUGCGGAUUACCCCAGUUACUACGGCAGAUCGUAGAUGUUAGCAGCGGUUCCAAGGGCCUGGAACUGUUUUAUGACCUCUCGUUGAAGAACUACGCGGGUCUCGAUCAAGUGGCACCUUACCUGCCCAAUACAGCUGCUGGUGUGUUUGUUAAGGGACUCGGGUUACUUCGAACCUAUCCGGCCAAGGCCAAACAGUUAAUUUCGAGGGUUGUGCCCACUAUUGCCCUGUGUGAACAGCCCGAGCUCGAAUUCUUAGGCACAGCGGUUGCCAGAGCUUCCGGUUUCUCUUUGGUUUACCUGUCAGUUAGCCGUUUAGCAGAGGGCGCAGGCGCCCUGGAGGCAUCAUUGCACUUUGCAAAAUUAGCAGCCCAGUCGCCGGUUGCUGAAUCGCAAAAACAGCUUCAACGUCUAGCCCUGGCGGCUGGGGACCUUGAUUGCGCAUAUCAGGUUAUUUGCACUCUACACAGGCUUGGUGACUCCCAGAUCUCGAAAGGAAUCUUACAGCUUCUGGAGGCUGCUGCUAAACAGGGCAAAGCAGACCACGUCUUGCGGGUUUUCCCCUUCAUAGGAAUGGUUGAAGUUUUGCAUGAGAUUCUUUUGCAGCGCCCCACAAUUGGCAGCGUGCCUAGCUACAAGCUACUCUAUGUUUGGUGCAUUACCCGAGAAGAUUACGUCGGAGCGGCCACUGCGAUCUACAAGAACUUGUGUGCCACCAAAGCAGAGCCAGUUCGAGGCGAUCCUUCCGAAGCAGUUGCGGCCCGGUUUGAUUGGUACACCAUCCUAUUGAACGCACUCAAGUGUGCAGACGAGGAAGACCGCUGGAUGGUAGUAAACCAGCGGGUGAUCACCCUUAAAGACGUUGAACAGGAGUAUCUGUCGUUGCUGAGCGAGAUGACCCAGGCGUUGCCCAAACAGGCAGCCUCGACAGUUUUCAGUCUUAUGAGAAAGUAA